AUGCGCAAGAAUUCUAGUGAUUGUAAACUUUUAAACGAAAUUCUUGUCCGUCAACGGCGGAUACGGCGAAACAGCUUAUCGCGUUCGGCAUUCAGAACGAUUACCAAAGGAUUGUAUGUGAUUGUUCCAAAAACAGCCUCACAACGUUUAUCCCGCCGAAAGAAACAGUUCCAAAAAGCGGUUGACAUUUUCGUGCACAGUUCUUGCAAAUUCGAUCGGGUGAAUGAACCGCAACGAAGCAGAGCAGCGAUGAACCGAUCACACAAGCUUGUAGACAGAAUGAUAUCUACAUUUUUGAACCUUCCUCGCUCAUACCAAUGUUGCUACCUUGCCUGCGCUGAUAUGAUGGACUUCCAAAACCGGGUGACUGUAUGUUCAGAUCCGUUUUUGCUAUUUUUACAAGAUUUCAUACAAGAAUGCAAUGAAAUGAACGCUUUGGAGAAGAAACAAAUUCAACCCGUCAGAGAAUCCCAAGCACCGAACUUUUCAGAGGACGAUUUGGAUGAUGAUGAAAUCGACGAUCCUAUUCUUGUUGAGCUCCCCGGGAAAGAACAAAUUUUAUCGAUGGCGAAACAUGCAUGGGACGUACUUUCGGAUGCAGCAAGGGAACCGUACCGCUUCCGAGCAAUAAUGGCAGCAUUCUUUCCUAUUAAUAUGGACCAAGCAUUCUGA